UAUUAUAAUUUACUUUUAUUAAUUGUAGGGGAAAGUCAAGCUUUUCUAUGAUGCCAAGAACACAAAAAUAGCCAGUUUCUCAGAGAGAGUUGUAAAUGGUAAAGUCUUCAAAGGUGUAAUGGUUCAGAAUUUUGAGGAAGGAGUUCAAUACACUGUCGUGAACGGUGUCUGCAAUACGACUAGACUAUCCAGAAAAGGAUUUACGCCCGCCUGUAUACCUAAAGGAAGCAAAAAAGUGAGUGACACUCACCUGGGAACGUCAUCUGACUCGCUGGACGUCAGUACAUACGAGGUCCCGAUACCGCAGUACAAGACAAAGGGUUACUUCAUGAUGACUAACCAGUUAUGUGUCCCUGUGGGGGAUACUAUCACAGCGGGCACAGAGAAAGCUGGUUUCAUGGCUACUGUUGGAUACACAGGAUUUGAACCUGGAAUAAAAGAUACCAAAGUUUUCAAUAAACCAAGAGAAUGCAGCAGUAAAAUAGACGAGGGAGAAAUCGAUCUCUUUGAAAGGUUUGGCGUGUUCAACUACAAAAUAUCCAGUUUGUUUAGAUAGGAAAUGCUGUGAAGCCUG